CUCUUCACCUAGCGCGCUUGUAAUGAGUAUCCUCCUCGAACGAUACGAGAUUACAGAGGAUUGUCGUCUCAUGUGUAGACUCUCGCUAAAGUUCGCCUGGUCCCUUAAAGGUGUACGUUUACACUUGGUCAGCUUUGACUUAUUCCCCUGGACUAUUGAUAUCGUGUCACUUAUGCAUUAGCCUGUUAAAACAACGUGGUCAUCAAGGGAUAUUGACCUUUUUGUCGGUUCGUAUAAAGUAACCGCUUAGGGACGAUCCUUUGGAAUUUUUCUAUUACGAUUCCUCAGCCUCAGACUGCUACCUCUUAAGCUUGCAUAUACCUGCAUCUCACGUGGGUACCUGCUGCACGAGUAAUAAUGAUGGCGCGCUUUGCUUUGGCUGCGGCUCUGUCGCUAACUAACUUAGCGCUUGCUCAGACAAUCCAAGAUGGUGUCGCCGCAAGUCCGGAGACUGUUGCGCCAGCUGUUGAGACGGUAGAUGCUGACGCCUCACCAUCCGGCGUCGAUUAUUUCCCCUUCGAAUCGAGCCAACUUACACCCAACGUUAUCACCAAUUUGACAAAUUAUAAUCUUACUAAUGUCAGCGUUUUUAAUUUCAGCAAUGCCGAAAGUGCGACUCAAAAACGCGCCAACCGCGUAUGUAAAGCUUACCCAGGAGAAAAAGGCUGGCCGGCUCGCUUUAUGUGGGAUCUCCUUAACAUUCUGCUAGGAGGCGCUUUAGUUGAAGGCGUGCCUGCUGCGGCACCAUGCUACUCUGAUUGGCCUCAGUAUGACGAGGCCAAAUGUGCUUCGAUUACCUCUGAGUGGCAGACGCCUCAGUAUCAACUAUCCCAGCCUCUAGGAAUCCAGUACUAUGCCUUUGAGGGAGUUAGCUGCUUGCCCCCUAGCCUUACACGGACCGGUGCCAAAUGUACGCUGGGCGGCAUGCCCUCGUAUGUUGUCAAGGCAACAAAUGUCGCCCAAAUCCAGCUUGCUGUUAAUUUCGCGCGGAACCUGAACCUGCGGCUUAUUGUCAAGAACAAGGGCCAUGACUUCAAAGCUAAGUCCACCGGCGGCGGAGCGCUUUCUAUCUGGACAAAUGCCCUAGAUAGUAUCCAGUACUUGGGUUCUACUUACUCCCAUGGCCCAUCUGGCUACCGUGGACCAGCUUUUAAAAUUGGUACUGGUGUUCAAGCUCUUCCCCUUUAUCAAGCUGCAGAUAAUUUGGGUCUUCACAUUGUUGGUGGUAACACCCGGACUGUCGGUAUCGGCGGUGGAUACACUGCUGGUGGCGGCCAUUCCCCGUUAUCAUCUGUGCAUGGUAUGGCGGCUGAUCAAGUCUUAUCCAUGGAAGUCGUGUUGCCGAAUGGUCGCUUUGUUUCUGUUGACGAGCACACGUAUCCCGAUCUUUUCUUUGCCCUCCGUGGUGGAGGUGGCAGCACCUGGGGAAUCGUGACCUCCCUUGUUAUCCGGGCUUACCCAAAGAAGCCUGUCACUACUCUCACUUAUAGCUUCGGUGUUAACGCUAAUGUCUCGAAUAAGACGUUUUGGAAGGGAGUCGACGCCGUUUUCGCUAAAUUCCCUGAAUAUGCUGACAAGGGAAUGUAUAACUAUUGGUCUAUCAGCUGCAUGUUUGACUGUUCCUUCUCCAUGGCCCCUCAAUGGGGAAAUGAUAUGGAUUCGGCCAAGCUUAAGACGCUAUCUACUCCUUUAUUCGACGAGCUUGCGGGGCUAGGAAUCACGGUUAGCGAUGCUACGUAUAAAGAAUAUGACGGCGUGUUGGGUGGCAUUGAAGGUACCUGGUCAGCUGAAAGCGAACAGACUGGUGUCUGGAACUUCAACACGGGAUCGAGAUUAUUCCCCCGCUCUAACUGGGAUGAUCCUACUAAGCUUGCUGCACAAAAUGCGGCUCUUAGACAGAGCGUUGAGAAGGCAGGCUUAAUGCUCGGGUACAACAUGAAAGCAGCUACAAACCCAUCCGCCAACCAAACGAACGCCGUGAACCCGGCAUGGCGCCAAACCGUUCUACACGCGCUACUCGGUGCUACUUGGAGCCAGGAAGCAACUGCUGAUGAUAUUGCUGCAGCAAACAAGAAUCUCGUCGAGAUGAUGCAACCAUGGCGAGACGCUUCUCCUGCUGCUGGCGCUUAUCUGAACGAGGCAGACAUCAACGAACCGAACUGGCAGCAAGCCUUUUACGGUUCGAAUUACGCGUAUCUUUAUCAGCUUAAGCAGAAGUACGACCCCUGGGGCCUAUUAUGGGCGCCGACAGCUGUUGGUUCCGAGGAUUGGUACGUGACCAACCAGAUUGCUUAUUACCCUACCCAGGAUGGAAAGUUGUGUCCCAAAUAG